GGGCCGGGGGCGGCGCUCGGCCCGAGCAGAGGCGGGAGCGGGAGAUGGAGCGGCGGCAGUGAUCGUUCAGUGUGGUCGCGCCUCACUGUGCCCCCUGCCCUGGCCCAGCGCCUGGUUUGGUCUCUUGCGCUUCGCGUACUGCCUGUGAAGAGAGAAGCUGACUCCCUGAGCUGGCAGCGCUGUGCCAGAGCCUUCCCGUGAGGAACCUCGGCACCAGGAUGAGCGCCGUCAACUCACAGGAUGAUGAAGAUACCUUUAAAAUACUCAUUGCUACUGAUAUUCAUCUUGGCUAUUUGGAGAAGGAUCCAGUGCGUGGAAAUGAUACAUUUGUAACUUUUAAUGAAAUUCUGGACCACGCUCAAAAAAAUGAAGUGGACUUUGUUUUAUUAGGUGGGGACCUUUUUCACGACAACAAACCCUCCAGAAAAACAGUACACUCUUGUUUGGAGUCACUGAGAAAAUACUGCAUGGGUGAUCGUCCUGUUCAGUUUGAGAUUUUGAGUGAUCAGGCAGUUAAUUUUCAUUACAGCAAGUUUCCUUGGGUGAAUUAUCAGGAUGAAAAUCUCAACAUUUCUAUUCCAGUUUUUAGUAUUCAUGGCAAUCAUGAUGAUCCCACAGGGGCAGAUGCACUGUGUGCAUUGGAUAUUUUAAGCUGUGCAGGACUGCUGAAUCACUUUGGACGUUCAACUUCUGUGGAGAAAAUAGAUAUUAGUCCCAUUUUAUUGCGUAAAGGUAGAACAAAAAUUGCUCUGUAUGGCUUGGGAGCAAUUCCAGAUGAGAGGUUGUAUCGUAUGUUUGUCAAUAAACAAGUAACCAUGCUGAGACCAAAGGAAGAUGAAGAUAGUUGGUUUAACUUGUUUGUGAUUCAUCAAAAUAGGAGCAAACAUGGAGCUACCAACUACAUUCCAGAGCAGUUUUUAGAUGACUUUAUUAAUCUUGUUGUGUGGGGUCAUGAGCAUGAAUGCAAAAUAGCUCCAUUCCAAAAUGAACAGCAACGUUUCUAUGUUUCUCAGCCAGGAAGUUCAGUGGUGACAUCUCUGUCCCCUGGAGAAGCCGUGAAGAAACACAUUGGUUUGCUGCAUGUUAAAGGGAAAAAAAUGAAAAUGGAGAAGAUUGCUCUAGAGACAGUGCGAACUUUCCAUAUAGAGGACAUUGUUCUAGCUGAUCAUCCAGAUCUUUUUAAUCCUGACAAUCCUAAUGUUACUCAGGCAAUACAAGCAUUCUGCAUGGAAAAGGUAGAGUUGAUGCUGGACACUGCAGAAAGAGAACGCUUGGGAAAUCCCCGUCAACCAGAAAAGCCUAUCAUAAGAUUAAGAGUUGAUUAUGCAGGUGGCUUUGAACCAUUCAGUGUCCAUCGUUUCAGCCAGAAGUACAUGCAUCGAGUGGCUAACCCAAAAGACAUCAUACACUUCUUCAGGCAUCGUGAACAAAAAGAGAAAAAAGACAUCGAACUUAAUUUUGGAAAAUUGGUUAGCAGACCUGCUGAGGGAACAACACUGAGGGUAGAAGACCUUGUAAAGCAGUAUUUCCAGACAGCAGAAAAGAAAGUACAGCUUUCACUUCUAACUGAAAGAGGAAUGGGAGAAGCAGUGCAAGAGUUUGUGGACAAAGAGGAAAAAGAUGCCAUAGAAGAGCUGGUGAAAUUUCAACUAGAAAAAACACAGAGGUUUCUCAAGGAGCGUCACACUGAUGCAGUGGAAGAAAAAAUAGAUGAGGAGGUGCGAAAAUUCAGGGAGAGUAGAAAAAAGAAUACCGAAGAAGAAGAUAAGGAAGUCCGUGAGGCAAUGAUCAGAGCCAGAGCCCACCGAUCUGAGGAUGAAGUUCUGGUUGCAGCCUCCAGUGAUGAAGAUUCCAAUCCAAGUGAUGGCCUUUCUUCAACACUGAGCCGAGGAAGGGGUCGGGCAAGAGGUAGGGCAAGAGGUGCAAGAGGACAAAAUUCAACAGCAAGAGGUUCAUCUCGAAGAGGAAGAGGAACCACUAGCCAAGAGUCAGCUUCUGGCAGCAGAUCCUACAAGACUGUUCCUGGCAAUAUGUCUAUCCUGGAUGUCUUCAGGUCUUCCAAGACAGACCACUCUUCAAAUUCGUUCCAGUCUUACUCUGAGGAUAUUAUAGAUAUUGAUUCUGAUCCAGAAGAUACUUCUUUUGUUCCUUCCUCUUCCAAAACAAAUCAAAGGUUGCCAGCUACGUCUUCACUUAGUAAAAGAGGUUCACAAAGCCAAGCAUCUAGAGGAGUUGAUUUUGAGUCAGAUGAGGAUGAUCCAUUCAUGAGCCCUGCAACAUCAAGAAGAACUAAGUGAUUUCUGACUCACUGUGCAAGAGAGACUGUGGAAGUUUGUGAAGAAAAUGGAAAGCAGUUUGCAAAGCUUUGUCUAUGUGAUAUUUUUCUGUAAAUGAUGGCUUGUCUUCCAUUUUCACUUCUGUGAAAUGGUUUGGGUUUGGGUUUGUUGGUUUUUUCAGCGGCACCAAAUUUGGUAUAAUGUCUGUUACAUUGCUUGAUGCACUGGGCUAGAAGGGCUCAUAUUCUAAAGUACUGCCUGAAAGUGCAAGUUCUUUCUAAAGCUCUGAAACUCUGUUUUCUUUUUGUUUUCUUUUUGAGAUUAUAAUAAAAAUUACAGUUAUAUCUUUUAUAGAAAACUCCAUCUCUGGUUUGAAUUUUGCAGAGAAGUAAAUUUAUUGUAGUCUGCAGGUAUGAAUAUGGACACAGUCUCAGUACAGUGGAACUUGUACUUGCAAUCUGCUGUGGAUACAGUUGAAAACUCUGAAUUCAGCGUCACAGUUGGACACAAGAAUGCAGUUUUCAGUAUUGAAGCUAUAAAAUGUCUUAAUGAUUUCAACUCUACCAAGAGAACUUAAACCCAGUAUUGCACAGUUAUUAAACGUCACAGUAUGCGAGAAUGAAUUCAGCUCUGUAGUACGAAUUCAAGCAGUACAAACGGGGACUCUGUAUUUUGAUGUUACACACAUCUUAGGAAAAGAUUUUAGCUGAAUGUAUAUGAGUUAUAGGAAUCAUA